AUGUCUAUUUCGGUUUUGGAGCAUGUUGAUGGAUCUUCUCAGUAUUGGACACCUACCACGUCGCUCAUAUGCUCUGUUUCUGGGCCUAUUGAACCCAAGGCAAGACAAGAAAUUCCGCAGCAUUUGGCAAUAGAGAUCAUCUUUAGACCAGCCUCUGGGCCUUCUACUACUCGGGAAAAGCUUUUGGAGGAGAGGAUAAGAGCUGCGGUGACACCAAUGGUGGAGACAUUUUUGCAUCCUAGACAGUUAUGCCAAAUAACUUUUCAGGCAUUAAAAUCUGUAGGGCAGUAUAGUCAUAUGGAGUUAAAUAGUGCUAUAAAUGCAGCAUUUUUAGCACUCAUAGAUGCAGGUAUACCGUUAAAAUCAGUGUUUACAUCGGUGACGGUUAGUGUGGAUGAAGACGGCAGAAAAUUUGUGAAUCCAGAUGUUAACCGGUUGCAAACUGCCAAAAGUGUUUCUACUGUAGCAUUCAAGAUUUCCACCGGUAAUAAUACUUUACUGCUUUUGCAUAGCGAUGGUUCAUUUGACGAAAGUACUUUAUUUGGAGUUUUAGAGUUAGCAGAGCAGGAAUGUGUUAGAUUAUCUAAAGAGUUCAGAAAACUUAUAGCUGAGAAACUGGGAAAGGAUUUCAUUUGGAAGCAACCUGCGAACUUGAAGAAUUAG